CCUGGGAGAAACUAAGAGAACACCCCCAGAUGCUUAGAGAGAAAUAUCCUGGGAGAAAGCCAUUUUGAAACCAGAACCCUGGAACAGAUGCCAGCCACGUGCCUUCCCAGCUGACAGAGGUUUUUUGGAUGUCAUUGGCAGUUCUUCAGUGAAGAGUACACUGUUCUUCAUGCCUAGUUUGGACACUUUUAUGGCCUUAGGACUGUAACUUUGUAACCAAAUAAACCCCCUUUAUAAAAGCCAAUCCAUUUCUGGUAUUUUGCGUAAUGGCAGCAUUAGCAAACUUGAACAACCCCCUAACCCAUCCUUAGUCCAUCCAGACUCUUUCUUCUUUGAUUUGUUUACAAUGAUGGGCUUCAGAGCCAAAAGGCAGUACUCUGUCCAGCUGAGCCUUUUAGGUUCCCAGGAGCAGAAGUUAGAUGAGGCAGUGGGCAGGGAGACCAUAAGGGUGGUAGAAAGAGGGAUGAACUGGGAGGGACUGGCAGAAAUGGAGCUUCCUGGGCUAGUGACUUCUUAGAUGUCUCUUUGACCUUGACCAAAUCACUUUCUGCUUCCCUAUUUCUCUCUCUAUGAAAUGAAAACAGUAAUUCUCACCUGUCUCACAAGGUGGUUAGGAGGAUCAAAUAUAAAAGUCCUUUGUGAAAUAUGAAAUAGAUAAACUGCUACUUAGAUGAAAGUAGCAUUUAUUCAACUACAGAGCACCUAUUUCAUGACAUGCACUGCUAGGCAUCGGGGAAACAUAAAGAUUGAGAAAGUGUUCUUAUCUUUCAAGGAACUCAAAAGCUAGAGGGUAUUUUUAGAAUAAUGGAUAGGAUUGGGCCUUCAGACAGUGGACCUAGGAACUAGAAUUGGCCUAAAGAAGGCUGUGGUCAGGCUACUGAAAGGUAGUCCACAUUGAGCUGCAAAGGGACAAUAACAAUCUCAAGGUGCCUUAACCCAGUAGGUAUGCCCCGAACUUUCUUGCCACUGUGUCACCAAGGUGAAGGCUUGAAGAAGCUCAAAUGCUCCAUAAGCAGGAGGAAGCUGUGUGAUGAUGGGGAGGGUCCCCACAAAGGUUGGAGCCUCGUCAGCCUUUCUCCAGCACCGGAAACCACAGGAAAUCAGGAGCCCCUGGACUUUCAGUUAGGAGUUGUAGAGUUUUGUGGGGAGCAAGAGUCCCUCAGUCCCUCUGCUUGGAGGAAAAGGAAUGUCACCUGGCCGGCUGGUUAGGAUGGAGGAGGAGCUUUGGGGCAGGGCGGGGUAGGGGCAGGCCGAGGCAAGGGUUCCCACUGGCACCUGGCACAGCGUUCCCUGCUGCUGCACAGCAGGGCCCUGUCGCCCACCUUCAGGACGUGCAGCCAUGUUCUGGGCGCCCUGAUCCCACCGAAGCCCAUGGGGAGCUUCAGACCGACAGCUCUGCUCCUGCCUCCCCUCCUGCUGCUCAUCGGUUUUUCUGCCUCUGCCAGUACUGGCUGCCUCUACCUGCCCCGCUGGAGCACCCGCUGUCUGCUGAGCUCCCACAUGGACCAUAAUUUCACUGGAAGGUCUGCCCAUAUUCCUUGCUGUAUCUGGUUGGUCCUCCUCUCCACAAAGCCUUGGUGUACUCUGGCCUGGCCCUGGCCCUGCUGUUUAUGCCUCCAACUGGUGUCAGAUCCUUCAGGAAUGAGAACCAGCCCUUUGGGCCGUUCUCAGUGGAGAUGCCUUCAGUGGAGAUGGUUUCACUUCCUGCUGCAGAAAUCCAGAAAGUCUCACAAGCUCGUGUUCUGUAGGAGACACAAGAUGCCAACAUCUGCUCAGAGAAAGCUACUGUGUAGCCGUUGCCUGUCUGAGAAGGACCAUCAAAUCUACAUCCCCUCCCCAGACAUCUCCCGCACGGGGCUGCGCUCAAAAAGGACCCAACCUUUGGAGCUACAGGCAGUGGAAGGUCACCUCCCCAGGCUGGACUCACAAAGGCUCAGAGGGCCUGAGUUCUCCUUUGAUUUGCUGCGUGAAUCCCGGACCAUUCGGGUGACCAUUCCUCCAGGCCCUGAGGUUAGCGUGCGUCUUUGUCACCAGUGGGCACUGGAGUGCGAAGACCUGAGCAGCCCCUUCGAUGCCCAGGAAAUUGUAUCUGGGGGCCAUACUGUAGACCUGCCUUAUGAAUUCCUUCUACCCUGUCUGUGCAUAGAGGCAUUCUACCUGCAAGAAGACACUGUAAGACACAAAAAAUGCCCCUUCAAUGGCUGGCCUGAAGCCUAUGUCUUGGAGUUCUGGAAGUCAAUGCACUUUACCGACUACAGCCAGCACGAUCAGAUGAUUAUGGCCCUGAAACUACACUGCCCACUGAAGCUGAAGGCCUCCCUCUGCCAGAGGCAGGGCUGGCACUCCCUCUGCGAAGACAUCCCCAAUGCCACGGCUCGAGAGUCAGAGGGGUGGUACGUUUUGGAGAAGGUGGACUUGCAUCCCCAACUCUGCUUCAAGUUCUCUUUUGGAAACAGCAGCCAUAUUGAGUGUCCCCACAGGACUGCCACAUCCUGGAACGUGAGCAUGGAUACUCAGGCCCAGCAGCUGAUCCUUCACUUCUCCUCGAGGACACAUGCCACCUUUAGUGCUGCUUGGAGUAACCCAGGCUCGGGACAGGACAGUGUGGUGUCCCCCGUGUACAGUGUUAGCCAGACCCAGGGCUCGAGCCCAGUGACACUAGACCUCAUUAUUCCCUUCUUGAGGCCAGGAAGCUGUGUCCAGGUGUGGCGGUCAGAUGUCCAGUUUGCCUGGAAGCACAUCUUGUGUCCAGAUGUCACUCAUAGACGCCUGGGGCUUUUGAUCCUGGCACUGCUUGCCCUCACCACCCUACUGGGUAUUGUUCUGGUACUCACACGCCGGCGCCUACUGUCAGACGCGGACCGUGCACGACCGGUGCUGCUCCUGCACGCAGCGGAGUCAGAAGCACAGCGACGCCUGGUGGGAGCUCUGGCUGAACUGCUGCGCACCGCGCUGGGCGGCGGGCGCGACGUGAUCGUAGACCUGUGGGAGGGGACGCGAGUGGCGCGCGUGGGUCCGUUGCCCUGGCUGUGGGCGGCGCGGGCGCGCGUGGCGCGGGAGCGGGGCACCGUGCUGCUGCUGUGGAGCCGCUCCGGCCCAGCCCGCGGCCCUGACCGCCGUGCUGCUCCCCUGUGCGCCCUGCUGCGCGCCGCCCCGCGCCCGCUGCUGCUCCUGGCCUACUUCAACAGCCUCUGCGCCAAGGGCGACAUCCCCCCGUCGCUGCGCGCCCUGCCGCGCUACCGCCUGCUGCGCGACCUGCCGCGCCUGCUGCGGGCACUGGAUGCGCGGCCCUCGGCUGGAGCCACGAACUGGGGCGGCCUCGGGGCCCAGCCGUGCCUUCGGGGUCGCCUGGCCCUAUGCCGCCAGCUGGAACGGGAGGCCUCCAGACCUGCAAACCAAGGCUGAGCAGAGCUCCACCGCAGCGUCGGAUGUUUGGAGCCCGCAGCGCGAAAGGGCGCUCGCUGGAACCCGGGAAUGAGCUUCCUACCCUGGAAUCCUUGGCGUGCCCCCUGAGGACUACUGAUUGAAAGCCUUAUUCCUUGCCUCCAACCCCAGGAGCAGAGCACCUCCCUCCCCAUCCCAGCUGAACCCCCACAUUGUCCCUAUGCUUCUGUCCCACUUCUUCCUCACACUGACCGUGCCUCUCACGGCUCCUGGGAGAAAUUCACUCUUUUACUGAGAGCUCCUCUAACCCCAGACCUUGUGGGGAGAGGGGAAUCUCACUUUCUCUCUCCAAAAUUCCAGACAGACAGCAGUUUGCGAAAGUUCCAGUCCAGGCUGGACUGGUUGGGACAGGGAUAGGGGAGGCAGGAGGUGUAUCAGUUCUGAAAAGGGCUUGGAUCAGAGAGUUGGGAAAAAUCCUCCUUGGGGGCCAGGAAUCCUUCUCUCCCAGGCCCUGACCCUGCUCAGUCAGGGAAGAAGAGGGGACUCUGAACUCAGGAAAAUAGGCUUUGACCCUGGUUAUGUAGGAAACAAAGGUGGGACAGUGGAGACCAAAAGCCAGGGUGAUGAAAUAAAAGCAAAUAUGCUGGAUAAACCUA